CUCAGGGUAUAGCUCACUGAUGCCCAAAGGCAACUGAACCCCUUCACCAUGAGACUUUAAAAUCUACCUUGAAACCUCUGCCAAAUUAAGAGUCCCCACUCCCCGCAAGUGAAUGAGCCAGGCCUACGGGCGUGGGGGCACUGCACUCCACGCAUGUCAGAUGAAAACCAGCUGCCCAGCCUUUGUCCACCCUGUUCUGCGCGAGGUCGACACCAGCAGAAUUGUUCAUAUUCAUUCUGUGAUUAUCCUGCGCCGUUCAGAUAAGAGGAAGGAUCGAGUGGAGAUUUCUCCGGAGCAGCUUUCAGCUGCUUCUACUGAAGCAGAGAGAUUGGCUGAGAUUACAGGACGUCCCAUGAGGGUUGUGGGCUGGUAUCAUUCUCAUCCACACAUAACUGUCUGGCCGUCUCAUGUGGAUGUUCGCACUCAAGCCAUGUAUCAGAUGAUGGACCAGGGCUUUGUGGGGCUCAUCUUCUCCUGUUUCAUUGAGGAUAAGAACACAAAGACAGGCCGGAUACUCUACACCUGUUUCCAGUCAAUUCAGGCUCAGAAGAGCUCAGAGUAUGAGAGGAUUGAAAUUCCUAUUCAUGUUGUUCCCCAUGACACCAUUGGCAAAGUGUGCCUGGAAUCGGCGGUGGAGCUGCCCAAGAUCUUGUGCCAGGAGGAGCAAGAUGCAUACAGGAGAAUUCACAGCCUCACCCAUCUAGACUCUGUAACCAAGAUUCACAAUGGCUCAGUGUUCACCAAGAAUCUCUGCAGCCAAAUGUCUGCUAUCAGUGGUCCCCUCCUGCAGUGGCUGGAGGACAGACUGGAGCAGAAUAAACAGCGGGUGCAGGAACUGCAGCGGGAGAAAGAGGAGCUCAUGGAAGAACUAGCUGCCCUGGAGUGAAGAGGAAACCCCAGACACUUUUCUUUUCUUUUCUUUUUUUUUUUUAAGUCAGUAGGAUUGGACAGGAGUGACAUGUGGCUGAUGUGUGAUCUGUCUUGCCUUUCUAUGAAGAUGCUACUUGUUCCUCUCAUCUCGCUUCAUGUGACAGCUCUAAGAACGCUUCCACAAGAUGACCAAGGGCUCACAUCUGUCUCCAGCUAGAUGGGAAAGCCUUGUGCUGCCUAUGUGAAAAGUCCACUCUGAGUGCACAAAGGAGCAAUCCAGCAGCACCCUAACUAGGGUAAUUCAGCAGCACGCUCUUGGGAAGAGACCAUAGCUCUAGGAGGGGGAUACCUAGUGAAUUUAUUUGGUUCCCCUCUCCCCUGUUAUUCAACACAAAUCUUUUUCCCUUUUAUAUAUAUUGCUGGGAGCCUGGAACCAGAGUAUCAUGGGUGGGGUAAUAGCUGCACUUCUACAGUGAUCAUCACAUCUCUGUUGUAGCAAAUAAAUCAAGCAACUCGCUAGUCAUGGUCAGAGAAGGGGGCGGGGGGGCGUUAUGCCCUUGACACUGCCAAUUUUGCCUCCUUUUGGUAGCUCCAGUUGACAGUGGCUUGAUGUCCAGUAACUUUCUGGAUUACUGAUUGCCUACUCUUGCACAUGUGCUAGGGUUGGGGUAGAUGCGGCCAAGAUGAAGGGGGCUUAAGGUUUAUGCCUCCUGUAUUUCAAACCAAAUAAAGAAACCCAAAGUGAGGGCAGUCUGACAGUGGAAAUGAGUUGGAUACUGCACCAAAUACCAUGUGAGUGCUGCAGUUUGAGUGUUCGGUUUCCUUCAGCGUCUCUCACUGAGCUGCUACCCACUGUUGAACUGGACUGGAUGGGUGACAUUGUUUUACAGAGAGGAGUAUGUGAGGGGAGAGUAGCUGUGAAAGAUAAUGAAAACUUUUCCUUCCUGUGUCCUGAGCUCCAUUGCAAAGGUUUAUUUGCAGUAGUUAUUUUCAACUUUAGUGUUAAAUUACCCUUCACAUUUUCCUCCUCAGUGGGUUUUCAAGCAGGGUUUACCAUCCACCACCAGCCGCAUAAAUAUCUACCAUUACUGAGGGGAAGCCUGUAUCAAGGGCUCUUGCGUAUCCCAGAGUGAUGUGGAGACCACCUGCAUAUUUAAAAGCUUUCUGUUAAAACUCCAUGUAUUUUAGUUUUUUAAAUUGAAGCCAUUAGCUGCUCAGAAAAAAUGGUAUUCACAUUUCAAAAAACAUAAAACUGCACAUAAUACAGGGGCCCUCCUGCCGCAUAUAGCACUCUAUAGCAUGCCUAUAAUUUAUCUUGCCACUUUGGGCAGCCCGUUAAUUAAACUGUAGUCAGUUUAAAAAAACAGUUUAAAAAAACAGUUUAAAGGUAUUCUUACAAUUAAAAGCUACUGCUGUAAUUAGUGAGGUUAAUGCAUUGGAACAAUACUCUGAUGGCAAUAGGCUGAAGUCAUAUAGAACUUGUCUAUUCUGAGGAAAAUUUCUAAUCUAUUUUAAAAUCAGUUCAAAUAAAUUGACUUUAAAACUUGUUAGAACUGCAGCAUAGACCCAGUAGAAGACAGCCUGACUUUUUACUUGGGCCAGUUUAAUAAAAAUGGCUCAGGCCACCUUUUUCUGUUUGUACAAUGCCUAGUGCAGUAGGAAUCCUUGACUGGGGCUGGUAGGCAUUAUAGGCAUUACUGUGCUAUAAAUAAACUGCCUGAAACAGUCUGCACUGUGGUUCUAACCAGUUUCAAAAUUGGCUUAGGUGAAUUGGUUUUAGAACUUUCCCCAGCCUAGAUAUACCUCAAAACGGUGGGAGCAUCUUGGGACUGGAACCACAGUGCUGGGCCACUCAGGUUUAGACAUGGCAUUGUUUAUUUUAUAAAGAAAAAUUUGGUUUUGGUGAUUUUCUAGCACAGCUUUAGAAUCUCAUUUUAAUGGGGUUUAAGCUUUGAUUUUUUUCUUUUUAAAAAGACAUGAUAAAAGCAAUGGGAGGUCUUCAUAAUGUCAGACAGUUACUACAGUAACUCCUGUAAAAACAGGAUUUAACAGAGGGAUCCAUUUGCCAUUGUAGUAUAGAUCAAUAGAAACAAUCCUGUGAAAGCUUAAGCGCCAAAUCAUCUUGUGAUUGGAUAAACACUAGGUUAGUGAGA